GACGAGUUUAGUGGAUGCGGUUGAUUUUGGGAAGAGUCUGCUGCUGUUCUGCAGCGGGUCACAUAUUCACUGCAUGAGAUGGACCUGAUGAACGUUUGCCCGCUGCCUGACAAUAGGACCCUGAAUGGCCUGAAGGAUGUGGAUCCAGACCAUAAUUGCACAGACACAGAAAAUGAACCUUUGCUCAGAGACAACCCCAGACGCUUCGUGAUCUUCCCAAUCCAGUACGCCGACAUCUGGAAGAUGUACAAGCAGGCACAGGCUUCUUUCUGGACGGUGGAGGAGGUGGAUCUAUCAAAGGACUUGGCUCACUGGGACGGACUGAAAUCAGAUGAGAAACAUUUCAUCUCUCACAUCUUGGCUUUCUUUGCUUCCAGUGACGGUAUUGUCAACGAGAACCUGGUGCAGAGAUUCAGCCAGGAGGUACAGGUUCCCGAGGCUCGUUCCUUCUACGGUUUCCAAAUCCUCAUCGAGAACAUCCACUCCGAGAUGUACGGCAUGCUAAUUAACACCUACAUAAGGGACCUGAAGGAGAGGGACUAUCUGUUUAAUGCCAUUCAGACUAUGCCAUGUGUGAAACAAAAAGCAGACUGGGCACUUCAGUGGAUCAAUGACAGCAAAUCCACAUUUGGGGAGCGACUAGUGGCGUUCGCGGCAGUGGAAGGCAUCUUCUUCUCUGGCUCCUUUGCUGCUAUCUAUUGGCUCAAGAAGAGAGGCCUGAUGCCUGGUCUUACAUAUUCCAACGAGCUUAUCAGCAGAGAUGAGGGCCUGCACUGUAACUUUGCCUGCUUGCUGUACAGCUACCUGGUGAAGAAGCCAUCAGGAGACAGGGUUAAGGACAUCAUCACCAAAGCCGUUAGCAUUGAACAGGAGUUUCUGACAGAGGCCUUGCCAGUGGAUCUCAUAGGAAUCAAUUCUACUCUGAUGAAGCAAUACAUUGAGUUUGUGGCUGAUCGGCUGUUCACUGACCUUGGAAUGGUUAAGGUUUACCACGCUGGAAACCCGUUCGACUUCAUGGAAUCCAUUUCAUUAGAGGGGAAAACCAACUUUUUUGAGAAGCGGGUAGCAGAGUAUCAGAGAUUUGGAGUCAUGUCGAACAUGAUGGACUGUGAAUUCACCCUGGAUGCCGACUUUUAAGAUUUGUGACAUAAGCUUUUUUGGUACCUAUUUGUUACAUUCAAGAUAUUUAUUUCAUAUCCUCGUUAACGUGUUGUUUAAGAAAAAAAGAAAAGAGGUGAGAUCUGGAAAUGGUCAGUCUUGAUUUGGUACCACUCUUAACUCUCAGCUACUGGUUGAAAGUUUUUAUAUCUUUUUACGGGACAAACUUUUCA